AUCUUAUUAUCGUUACAGUAAUUAUCGGAAUUCGGCAACUAAUUUCUUUUAUUCUAAGUCGCCAUUUUCUUGUGUUUUGCCGUUUUAUUCCGGUGUUGGUGAUUAAAAUUGAUUUUGCGUGAAAAUGGCAGAAAAUGAACAAGACCUUCUUGAUUAUGAAGAGGAGGAGGAACAAGAACAGACAACUACUGAAACUGCAACAGAAACAAAAAAGCCCGCUUGUGGAUAUGUUGCAAUUCACAGUUCAGGAUUCAGAGAUUUUCUUCUUAAACCUGAAUUGCUAAGAGCUAUUGUUGAUUGUGGUUUUGAACAUCCAUCGGAAGUGCAACAUGAAUGUAUUCCUCAAGCCAUUUUGGGAAUGGAUAUCCUUUGUCAAGCAAAAUCAGGAAUGGGUAAAACAGCUGUUUUUGUUUUGGCUACACUUCAACAAUUGGAUACUGUAGAAGGACAAGUUUCUGUUCUGGUGAUGUGCCAUACAAGAGAAUUGGCUUUUCAGAUUUCUAAAGAAUAUGAACGAUUUUCAAAAUAUAUGCCAGGCAUUAAAGUUGGAGUAUUUUUUGGAGGAAUGAAUAUAGCAAAUGAUGAAAAGAUCCUGAAAGUUAACUGCCCUCAUAUUGUUGUAGGAACACCUGGUCGUAUCCUAGCAUUGGUACGAAGCAAAAAAUUAAAUCUGCGUCAUAUCAAGCAUUUUAUUUUAGAUGAAUGUGACAAAAUGCUUGAACAGUUAGAUAUGAGACGUGAUGUACAAGAAAUAUUCAGAAAUACACCACAUGAAAAGCAAGUGAUGAUGUUCAGUGCUACACUCAGCAAGGAGAUUCGUCCAGUCUGCAAGAAGUUUAUGCAAGACCCAAUGGAAGUAUAUGUAGAUGAUGAAGCAAAAUUAACUUUGCAUGGUUUACAACAAUAUUAUGUGAAAUUGAAGGACAACGAAAAAAAUCGCAAAUUGUUCGAGCUUUUGGAUGUUUUGGAGUUCAACCAGGUGGUGAUAUUUGUUCGUACUGUUCAAAGAUGUAUGGCCCUUGCUCAGUUGCUUGUAGAACAGAAUUUUCCUGCAAUAGCAAUUCAUAGAGCUAUGACUCAAGAAGAGAGAUUAUCUCGCUAUCAACAAUUUAAAGACUUUCAUAAACGAAUUCUAGUUGCUACAAACCUGUUUGGAAGAGGAAUGGAUAUUGAAAGAGUGAAUAUUGUCUUUAAUUAUGAUAUGCCAGAAGAUUCAGAUACCUAUCUUCAUAGGGUUGCCCGUGCUGGUCGAUUUGGCACAAAAGGUUUGGCAAUUACUUUUGUAUCAGACGAGAGUGAUGCAAAAAUUCUCAAUGAAGUACAAGAUCGUUUUGAUGUCAAUAUAUCUGAACUCCCUGACGAAAUUGAUAUUUCAUCAUACAUUGAAGGACGUUAACUCUUGAAGACAUUUGAGUACCUUUCAUCUAUCAUUGCUCAUUUUUAUUUUAAACUUAGAAUUUGUGUACAUUAAUAGUAUGUAAUAAAAUAUAAUUCAAACAUUUUCUUAUUGAAAUUGAAA